GUUGUGACGUGAUUUUGAAUAUGUGGACUUUUUAGAAUAUUUUCAUACAAAUCAUCCAGUUAUUGAAGUUUUUACAUCAUAAGAUUGCAAUUGUAAUGGCAUCGAUCACUGUCAACAGAUUAUUGAGCGGAACGAUCAAACGGGUGUGCAAAAGAAGUACGAUUUGUCUGUUCGAUGUCGAUGGAACAGUCACAGAUCCUAGACAGCCAAUAGAUCCAUCUGUGAGGACGUACAUGAUUGAGGAGCUCAAGAAAAAAACAUUCAUUGGAUUGGUGAGUGGUUCAGAUAUAUCAAAGAUAGAUGAACAGCUUGGAGGCCCAGAAUAUACAGCUCAAUUUGACUAUGUAUUCGCAGAAAACGGCCUAGUUGCGUUCAAGAAUGGCGCAGUGUUAAAGAAACAAGUAUGUUAA